CGCCAAAGUGCCAGUAGUUGUGAUGGAGCGAGGACUCGUUUCUCCUGAUGGAAAGAAUGUUCGAGCUGUUCUCUGUCAAAGAUGUGGAUGCCGAGUUCUCUCUGCCGGGGUAGCCAAGUUGGCGAGAAGGGAGUUGAUUCUUCCUUUGAUGAAAAAGAAAUCUUCUCUGAAAGAAGAUGCGCAUCCAGAUGGAGACUUGCUUGUUGAACACUGGCUCGUACAUGACAUGUUUAUAUUUGAGAACGUCGGCUUCACAAAUGACGUGGGCAAAGUGAAGUAUUUGGUUUGUGCAGACUGCGAAGUGGGACCGAUUGGAUGGCACAGUCUGGAGGAAAAAAACAACUUUUAUGUGGCUCUAGAUCGAGUCAGCUAUGAGUAAAUGGCAGACACCAAAUGUGAGGAUGAAUUUACAUUAGCAGCUGAUUCAAGACUUUAGCUUUGUUCCAGAUUUUUAUUACAACUUGCUGGACUUUAGUCUUUUUCAGUUUGCACUUGGUUUCUGUUUUAUGUUUUUUCUCAAGUGGUUUGCUGAAUACUAGAAGUUUAUUUGUAUGUCCCUCAUUUUGUCAGUUUCUUACCCACACAUCUUCUCAUAAAGGCCUAUAUUUGCUAUAUGACUUUAAAUAGCCUUUACCUUUUUAUAUGCCUACUCUUUGCCUUUUCGACUAACACACUUUUCUUCACUGUGAUUCCCACACUUUACAAAAUAUUAUGUUAAGCAAUGUCUUUGUGGGCUAUUUGAUUAACUCCAUGGGUGUCUAAGCAUUUUUAGGUAAUGCUGUUGAGUGUUUAGAAAUGACCAACAGGUAGUUAACUGGCAGAAGGAAAUUGUGUAUUUAUUGUAUGGCUGGCAUCAGGACCAUGUAAAGGAAUAAAUCCAACUUUUUACAAGCUG